AUGAUUACCUUCUUCCAUCAAAUGCCAGGCUUUGCGUUCCAGCUUCGUGCAAUAUGCGCUCUUUUUGCAGUGCAAGGCGCUCUCGGUUCCCUACGAACGUUCAACUUCACCGUUCAUACCGCCCAGCGCAGCCCAGAUGGGUACUCCCGUGAAGUCUACCUGAUCAAUGGACAGCAGCCCGGUCCAAUGAUUGAAGUUGACGAAGGGGAUGAUGUGGAGGUGUUCGUUCGUAAUGAGUUGCCAGUUAGCACUACUAUCCAUUGGCAUGGGAUACUACAGCGUGGAACACCGGACAUGGAUGGGGUCCCAGGAGUAACCCAGUACCAAAUACCCCCGGGAGGGAAUUUUACAUACCGAUUUUCCGUGGAAGACGAAUACGGGUUUUACUGGUAUCAUUCUCAUUUCCGCGCAUACUACAACGAUGCUAUACGGGGGCCCCUCAUGAUCCGGCCAGCACCCUCUCGUCGCCGACCGUUUGAAGACAUGGCUGCAAGCACGGUUGAGCGUGAACAGCUGCUACAGGCUGAGAGAGAUGCGGUAUCUAUCCUCCUGAACGACUGGACACACGAUCUGUCAGACACAAUCUUUAGCCGGUACCUCGAAACAGGUGCCUUCCCCAGCUGCAUUGACAGUAUUCUAGCCAAUGGUCUGGGCAGGGUAGAAUGCCUGCCAAGGUAUAUGCUCGAUGCAGGCCCGGGGUUAGGCCUGACGGACGAAGUCGAUGCCACCCAUCACGACAAUAGUGCGACAAUGACCACUUCCGUAAUGCAAAUGCCACCGAUGGCAAGAAGAAUGGAAUCGGUCGGAGAUAACCCCCACGACCAGAUGUCCAUGCCUCCGAUGAGCACAACCAACCCGUCAGAGUUAACCAUAUCCACAACGGGUGGGAUGCCCAUGCCCAGCCCAGAGACCAUGGGCGAGUCAAUGAGAUUGGGACCUCGAGGCUGCAUGCCACCUAUGAUGUUCAGACCGGGAUACGAUAUCAGCUUUCUGCCAGCAGAAACAUGUGUGAACACAACAUCACAACAGUUAGUAGUCAACGCAAAUGCAUCUCAAGGAUGGCUUGCCCUCAACCUUGUGAAUUCUGGAGCUGUUAGCAACCUUAAGGUUUCACUUGACAGUCAUUCAAUGCAUGUCUAUGCCGCGGACGGACUCUAUGUGACCCCGCAGGAGGUUAAGGUUCUUGAAAUCGCCCUCGGCCAACGAUACUCUGUGAUGAUAGAGCUUGACCAGUCUCCUGGCAACUACUACCNGUCACGGCCCUAG